AUGUCAGGAAUAUCGAAUCUAUUUGGAAAAGGAACUAAAGAUGAGAAAGUGAGUGGGUUGUUUUCUAAGCCGUCGAAGAUUGACACCAAGUCGUUAGUUAAGGAGAAGAAAAGACAUGUUAUUGAGAUCGCCGAGGAAGUGGAUGAAGAGGAGGAGAAGCAACUUCGAAAACAGGAGAAGAAACUCAAAAGGAGAGAAAGAAAGCACAAAGAUGCUGAAGAUACAUCGAUGGAGGAUAAGUAUAUGAGCAAAUUAGUGGAGGAGGAGGACAGAGAGACAGAGGAGCAGGAGAAAAAAGACAGAGAGACAGAGGAGGAGGAGAAAAAAGACAGAGAGACACUGGAGGAAAAGAGCCCAGAGACAGUUUCAGAGAAGAACUCGGAAGCCUCAGAUUUCAUUAGCUCUCAGAAGCCAGCAAUGCCGGCAAUAACUAUGGACUUUAAAGCAAAAGAAUUGUCUAAAGCAGAUAGAACUAUCUUUGUUGGUAAUGUUCCGGCAGAAGCAAUGUCAUCCAAAAAGGAUACGAAACGAUUCAAGAGAGUGUUUUCUGAUUUUGUUAAGAAAAGUCCGGAAGAAGAGUAUCAACCUAUUGAAUCAAUGAGAUUCCGAUCGAUACAUACAGACACAAAUGCACCGAGAAGAGCUGCAUUUAUUACGAAAGCGAUCGAAGAAGGAGGAGUAGUGAACAGUUAUAUAGUGUUCAAGAAGGAGGAAGAUUCUAUGAAAGCUCUGAAGCUUAAUGGAGUCAUUUACGAAAACCAUCAUUUACGUAUUGACCAUCUAACACAUCCAAUGAAGCACGAGAAUAAACUCUCAGUAUUUGUUGGUAAUUUGGACUUUGAAGAGACUGAAGAAAGUUUAUGGAAAUACUUUGAAGACAAACUAGGAGAUAAAGAAGAUAAGGAACAAAAGACGGUUUGGAAUGUGCGAAUAGUGAGAGACUCCAAAACAAACUAUGGUAAAGGAUUUGGAAUUGUUCAAUUCACAGAUAUGAAUUAUGUCGAGAGAGCAUUAUUACUUGAUGGAAAGAAGCUGACGACUUCUAAAAAGCCUAGAAGAUUGAGAAUUGCCAGAUGCAAAUCUAUCAAAAAGGUUGAGGAAAGGGGAGAAAGGAGGAAGAAAAGAACCCGGGAUCACUUCGACAAUAUUCUUAACGAUAAGCAAAAAAGUACAGUUGGCAGGGCCCGGAAGGUGCUUGGAAAAAGAGAUAGAAGAGAGGCCGGAAUGCCUGUUUUGGAAGGACAACGAGCACACGAAGGCAGUAGGAUUGAAGGUAUUACGAAUAAGAGAAGAAAGGUGAAGAAGCCAAGAACAAAAAAGAGACUUAAUUAA